GAUGACAAGGAGUACGUGGGCUUCGCCACACUGCCCAACCAGGUCCAUCGCAAGUCGGUGAAGAAGGGCUUCGACUUCACCCUGAUGGUGGCAGGAGAGUCCGGGCUGGGCAAGUCCACCCUGGUCAACAGCCUCUUCCUGACCGACAUGUACAGGGACCGCAAGCUGCUCAGCGCCGAAGAGCGCAUCACGCAGACGGUGAAGAUCACCAAGCACGUGGUGGACAUCGAGGAGAAGGGCGUCAAGCUGCGCCUGACCAUUGUGGACACUCCAGGCUUUGGUGACGCCGUCAACAACACUGAGUGCUGGAAGCCAGUGGCCGACUACAUCGACCAGCAGUUUGAGCAAUAUUUCCGUGACGAAAGUGGCCUCAACCGGAAAAAUAUCCAGGACAAUCGCGUCCAUUGCUGCAUCUAUUUCAUCUCGCCCUUUGGCCAUGGGCUCCGGCCCCUGGACGUGGAGUUCAUGAGAGCCCUGCACCAGCGCGUGAACAUCGUGCCGGUGCUGGCCAAGGCUGACACCCUGACCCCCGCCGAGGUGGAGCGCAUGAAGAAAAAGAUCCGGGAGGACAUUGACCACUAUGGCAUCCGCAUAUACCAGUUCCCUGAGUGCGACUCAGACGAGGAUGAGGAGUUCAAGCUGCAGGACCAGGCGCUGAAGGAGAGCAUCCCCUUCGCCGUCAUCGGCAGCAACACGGUCGUGGAGGUUAAAGGCCGGCGCAUCCGCGGGCGCCUCUACCCCUGGGGCAUCGCGGAAGUGGAGAACCCGUCCCACUGUGACUUUGUGAAGCUGCGGACGAUGCUGGUGAGGACCCACAUGCAGGACCUCAAGGACGUGACGCGGGAAACCCACUACGAGAACUACCGCACGCAGUGCAUCCAGAGCAUGACCCGCAUGGUGGUGAAGGAGAGGAACCGCAACAAGCUGACGCGGGAGAGCGGGACAGAUUUCCCCAUCCCUGUCAUCCCCCCGGUGCCGGACGCGGAGACGGAGAAGCUCAUCCGGGAGAAGGACGAGGAGCUGCGGCGGAUGCAGGAGAUGCUCCAGAAGAUCCAGAAGCAGAUGAAGGACGCACACUAG